AUGAAGGCUCUUCAUGGGAACGUUCGAAACGACCUUCUUUGGAAGCAACGCGGGGUUAAAAAACGUGCGAUGGCAACCCUCCCCGCCUUCCUCCUCAAACACUUUUUGCCCUCAGGUUUCUACCGCAAAUGUAUCGAUCAGGAAGGACACGUUGACGUGAAGAAGAUGAUAAGCUGCCAGGCCUGUCCCUCCCUCGAACCCUUUUUGGAGCGGCUCUUCCAAUCCCAGAUGGUUCAUUGCCUUUUCGAGGAUCGUCUAAAGGAACAGCUGCUGGAUCCAUUCGAGACCCGAUGUCGCAGCCUGACAGAUAGUUGUUUGGCACGUUGUCCACCGGGGGCCAUCAACUUUGGCGAUGCCCUGUGGAUUACCUGCAAACGAAACGCUACCAGCGGUGGGCUACGACGGUACAAUCGGAUACGCCAGAAGUUCAGCAGAAGUCUGUUCAAGAACUCCUUCAAGGGCAAAGGAAAGUAUGAAAGGGACCACGCACUGCUCACUAUAGACGGUGCUAAUGGUGGGGACGCCUCAUGGAUGAGCCGCUCUGUUAGUUUCAAUACAAGCCAAGCCAAUAAUCUCGAUAGCGCGGUCGACACUCAUAGGCCGCUGCUCUAUCUCAGUGGCCAUUGA